AUGCCGCCGCUGAUACGAGAGCACGCUCCCCCCUCAUAUCACGACGUCUCCAACCACGGUCCGCGCGUCCAGCUGCCCAUUGGCGAGCUCCUCUCGCUGGCCCUCGACGGCCGCUGCGUCUACUCGGCCACCAACCCGUCGCUGGUCUACUACGAGCUCAGCGCCGCUCCCUUGCAGGCCACCUCGCUCAUCUACGUCGUGAAAAAGGUCAAGUACCGCCUCGUGCCGGGGGACGAGAGCGCCAGGCUGCGCACCCGCCACGACGACAUCUACCUCUUCCGCGAUGCCUACGUCAAGUUGUACGCCCCGGCGCCCCGGCGCGUCGUCAUUGACGGCCGGGCCAGCGAUGCCCGGUGCUAUCGCGAGGUCAAGAUGGCGCCGGGGCUGAUGGGAUGGUCGGCGUGCUCUGCGCCGGGACACUUCACGGCCAGGACGGGGCUCAAGGAUCGCUGGCGACAUCAGCACCAGGUGAUCUGGAAGGACAACAGCGGCCGCAUCGUCGCCAUGGAGGAUUCCGCAGCUACGCCUCCACCGGUUUCUGCUGAUGCCGGCCCCUCUGGACCUGGGGCUUCGGACACAGACAGCGCUGCGGGAACAGCAACAUCCGUGCCGUGCUUGAAGCUGCUGCGCAUGCUGGACGAAAAGGACCUGGAUCUGCUGGUGACAUGCUGGACCGCUCGUCUGUGGAAGCAGGCGCAAAAGUCGCUCGGCAGCCCUCCCAUGGGCCGCUCCAGAGUCAAGCGAUUCGCAGCUCGAUUCCUCCGCCUGCGCUACAUGACCAACCUGGUCUCGUCCAAAUCAACCCCAACACGACGCCUCGAGGCGUAA